AUGAGAUUGUCAAAUACAAUUUUUCAUUUUGUUUAAUUUUUGGCAUAUAUAAAUAAAUUAUUAAAAAAAUAAAAUAGUAUAAUUUAUAAAUAUGUUUGGAUCAAUUGCCAUAAGUCUGGAUAGUGAUUCAAGUGAAAGUGAUAACGAUGAUACACGGCUUUGUCAGAGGAAUAUACGAGAUGCCACAAAUGUUUUAGAUCUUCCAGAAGAACGAUUUAUUGCUAGCUUUCGAGUCAAUAAGGAAGUGUUUGUGAUGUUACUUGAAGAAAUAACGCCAAAUUUAAAAGUGGCAUAUCGAAAUACACACAUCCCAGCACCUACCAAACUUGCAACAUUUUUAUUAUUUCUGGCUACGGGAGGUUAUCAAACAUCAAUUGGAAAUGAAUGUUUUUCGUCCAUAUCAAAAUCGCAAGUGUCCAAGGUAAUAACUGAAUUGUUAGAAAUAUUCGAAAGGUACUUGUGUUCAAAAUGGAUAAAAUUAGAAGCUAAACAAUGAUAGUGAAGUGAAAGAGUUUUUCUAUAAUUAUGGUGGAAUACCAGGGGUCGUGGGUUGUGUUGAUGGCACUCAUGUGCGAAUAAAGGCA